CAAAAACUAUUCGUAUUGAUAUAAAGUGAAAAUAAUACAUAGUAAUAAUUUAUUACGUAAGAAUUACCAAGCUCCUCCCUGUUCUUUUUACCAAAACAACAUGGCAGGUCAUACAGCCGGCGACCCUCUCGAGUGUUUCAGUAUUCCAAUUGUCCUCCAUAAAGAACCAGAACGAGAUGACCAUGGAAACCCUGUUGUUGGUACAGAUGGCAAACAGAAAUAUCGAUGUGGUUUUCGUAUCGGAGGGGGAAUUGAUCAAGACAACACAAAGAGCCCUCAGGGCUAUCCAGACAAAGGUAUAUAUGUGACGUAUAUUCAUGAAAAUGGUCCUGCUGCACGAACUGGGCUUCAGGUUCAUGACAAAAUACUUCAGGUGAAUGGUCAUGACAUGACUGUAGCCACACACAAAAAGGCUGUAGAAUACAUCCAACGGAAGCCAGUUCUAAAUAUGUUAGUUUACCGUAAAGGUGUGCCUCCACUACAGAAAUCUCCUAGCCAGCAGCAAACACAGUUCCAGGCAUACAACCAACAAGACUAUUCACCGCAGGCACAGUAUCAACAGCGGCAGUACUAAUCAUCUCAUUGCACAUUCUCUGUCUCUCACUUCUUGCUCUCUCUUCAACAUACAUCACUUUACAUCAUUAUCAUUUUCAUCUGAUUAAUUUUUAUCAGAUGCCAACACCAUUUUUUUCUCACAACAAAAAUAUCUCAUAUUCUUUUUCCGUUAUUUUUUUCUAUUUUUUCUUCAACUUAUAAACACAAAUUGUAAAUGAAUGUAUGUGUGUAUGUAUGUGAACUGGCUCCAUUUCUUUGUUGGAACAACUUCAAUGCUAUGAAGAUUGCAGCACGUGUUUCCUUUCUGCUCUGUAUGUUAGGCUUUAUGCCUCAAUAAGAAAUCCUAUUAUUUUAUUUGUGUCUGUAGUGUGUGUGUGU